AAUAAAGGGUUAGCCAUGAGUCACACAAUAAAACAACUUGUUUUUUUCAAAGCUGCUCAUCGUUCAAUCAAUAAGAAGAAAAAAGGGAAAAAACAACAACAACGUGACACUCUUCAGAAACAUGUGCCAGCAACCAAUGCACAUCGAGCCUGUUAUAAAUAAAGGAUGACGUCGUCCAUAUUUUGGCCAAUGAGCGGAGGGACAGGAACUGUUGCCCUAUGAAACAUUUGGUUGCGUUGACCCAAACAUGAUCGCGCCCGCUGCUGCCAUCCACUGACAGCCGGCGAAGUUUUUCCGACUUGACCGAAGUGUGCUUGUUUUGGAUUUUAUUAUUCCGUUUAACGGUAUCAGUUGAUUGAUAACGCUCCUUUCUGCCUUUGUACUAUGAUGAUGGUCUGAUGAAUAAUCAUGGUGGUGAAUUCAGUACAUUGGUUUCGCAAAGGGCUGCGUUUGCACGAUAAUCCUUCAUUGCAGGAGGCCCUUAAUGGAGCGGACACUGUUUGUUGUGUUUAUAUUCUGGAUCCGUGGUUUGCUGGCUCCGCUAACGUAGGAGUCAACCGAUGGAGGUUUCUAUUGGAGUCUUUGGAGGACUUGAACAACAGCCUGAGGAAACUAAACUCCAGGUUGUUUGUGGUUAGAGGACAGCCCACGGAUGUUCUCCCAAGGCUUUUCAAGGAGUGGAAUGUCACCCGGCUGACGUUUGAAUAUGACCCAGAGCCUUAUGGGAAAGAGAGAGACGGGGCCAUCAUCAAGGUGGCUCAUGAGAUGGGCGUCGAGACCAUAGUCAGAAACCUGCACACCCUCUACAACCUCGACAGGAUUAUAGAGAUGAACAACAACAGUGCUCCACUGACCUUCAAGCGUUUCCAGACCAUCGUGAACAGGCUGGAUCUGCCCCGACGGCCCCUGCCUACCGUCACCCCGCAGCAAAUGGAGAGGUGUAAAACACUCAUAGCUAAAGACCACGAUCAACAUUACAGUGUACCCUCACUGGAAGAGCUGGGCUUCAAAACGGACGGUCUACCUCCCGCGGUCUGGAGAGGUGGGGAGUCUGAGGCACUGGAGAGACUCAACAAACACCUGGACAGAAAGGCAUGGGUGGCAAACUUUGAGCACCCUCGGGGGGUCUGCUCUUUAUUCGCCAGUCCGGCGGGCCUCAGUCCCUUCCUGCGCUUCGGUUGUUUGUCCUGCCGGGUAUUUUACUACAACCUGAGAGAACUAUACAUGAAGCUGCGUAAGCGUUGCAGUCCUCCGCUGUCCCUGUUCGGACAGCUACUGUGGAGGGAGUUCUUCUACACGGCGGCCACCAUCAACCCAAACUUUGACCGCAUGGAAGGAAACCCCAUCUGUGUCCAGAUACCUUGGGACCAGAACCCAGAAGCGCUGGCUAAAUGGGCCGAAGGGCGGACGGGCUUCCCCUGGAUCGACGCCAUCAUGACCCAGCUACGGCAGGAGGGCUGGAUCCAUCACCUGGCCCGGCACGCCGUGGCCUGCUUCCUCACCCGGGGAGACCUGUGGAUCAGCUGGGAGAGCGGCAUGAAGGUGUUUGAGGAGUUGCUACUCGAUGCUGACUGGAGCGUGAACGCUGGCAGCUGGAUGUGGCUCUCAUGCAGUGCCUUCUUCCAACAGUUCUUCCACUGCUACUGUCCUGUUGGCUUUGGGCGGCGGACAGAUCCAUCAGGAGAUUAUAUCAGGCAUUACAUCCCAAUCCUGAAGGACUACCCAAACCGCUACAUCUACGAGCCCUGGAACGCCCCCUUAUCCGUCCAGAAGGCCGCCCACUGCGUGGUGGGCGUGGACUACCCCAAACCCAUGAUCAACCACGCCGAGGCCAGCCGGCUGAACAUAGAGAGGAUGAAGCAGGUCUACCAGCAACUGUCCCAUUACAGAGGCCUCAGUCUCCUUGCAUCGGUGCCAACCAUCCAGGAGGAGGCGGAGCCACCGAUGACGGACGAGUCCCAGACCAGCAGCGGUCCUGACUCUCCGGUCCAUGAGCCAGCGGCCUGCGCACUGGUCCCAGACUCCUCCAGAGCAUGCACGUCCUCUCCUGCCCCAGGCCUCAACGUCUCUGCAGCACACACUCCCUCCACAUCCACACGGGAGCAGGCAGGCGUGGGCGCUGCAGCACCCCCUCAGGCCUACGCCUCCACUUCUACGGACCCCUCCACAUUCCCCGUCUUGUUUCUCCACCCUCCUCCUAUCCCCUUCCCCUCCUCAAACCCAGCCACCGGUCAAACCCCCGCCAGAGACCCAGCCUCCAGCCCCGCCUCCCCAAACCUCAGUCCCGCCUCAAAGCCGUUCAGAGCUCUGUCUCCGCGUCCGGCUACGCUAGCGGGCCACCACGCUCCGCUUCUGGGUCAGAGGAAGAAAGGCCCGCUCCGCAAGCACCGGCGCAGCCAGAGGGCCCGCGGGGUCCCGGGCUGCGUCCCGGGACCCCCGGUGGAAGGGGGGAAGGCCAUGGACGGAGCGGGGGGCGAGGGAGAGGAGUGUUGGAUGGAAGAGUGCAUGGACGAGGACAUGAUCCAGGACAGCCCCAAUGAUCAGCAGUGAUAGUUGGAGGUAAUGAGGCAACGUAUGUGUUGGUGUGUCUCCUUGAAUGGGAGUCUGGGAGUCUGUCUCUCGCUUUCUUCUGAAUUAUCUUUCUCCACAGUUGUUAUUGGUAAUCAAUUUAAUCCUCAGCCUGUGGAUAUUGGUAGUUAAUUAAAUCAGCCUCUACAGUCUGUAUUUGUAAUGAUUUAUCUCUCAUCCUCUUCAGUUGGUAUUGGUAUUGAUUUAAUAUUUCUCAUCCUCUUUAGAUGGAAUUGGUAAUGAUUUAAUAAUUCUCAGCUUCUGCAGUUGCCAUUGGUAAUUAAUUGAACUUUUAGCCUAUACAGUGGAUAUUGGUAAUUAGCUAAAUUAUUAGCCUCUAAAUUGGAUAGUGGUAAUUAGUUACAUUCUCAGCCUCUAUAGUAUAGUCAUUAAUUGAAUUCUUUGCCUCUACAGUUGGUAUUGGUAAUUAAUUUUUUGGAGUUGUCUUUGGCGGUUUGAAUCUUAAAUAAUCAUCCAAAAUGAAGACUUGCUUAUUAAUACAUAAUAACAUGAAUGUGGUUCUUUGGCUUUAGUUAUUUUUGCGGAAGCAAAAAAUGUUGAUACUUGUUUUUGUGUUGAUAUUGAUUUCUUCAAUAUCUAGUGAAACUGAAGUUGAUGUUGUGGUUGCAGCCUAGCGACUAGUGGUCCUUUCUGCUCUCUCACCACUUUGAGGUUGACGAUGACCUCAGCCUUACAUUCAUGAUUUUAUUUAACUAUUUUACAUAUUUAUUUCAUUUGUAACUGAAUGUGUGACAUAUUUAGCAGGCAAAACAUUUUCAUGGCAAAGAAUGAUUACUAGACACAAUUUGCAAAUCUAUUGAAUCAUACUGAAGCACACUGGAGGCAAACAAAAAAUCAGAAUUCUGUCUAUGAUAUCAAAUUCAAUUUUUUUAUGAGAUGUUAUCUAUUUCCUCAACAAUAAAUGCUAAUUACACAUAUAUUAGAGUUGACAAUCCCCUUUUUUUUUUAUUGACUUUGCUUUUGUGUUUUGUAGCUAAUUCCAAGGUGAGAUGCUGCAAUAUGAAAAAAAGCUAGGUCGAUUGCAGCUCCUGUUGUCCUUUUUAUAUAGAUUUGCACACAGAUAAUUGAAAUGAAUAUAAUAUUAAGCAUUCAACAUCAUCCACAUUCGGAGGAAUGGGUAGCCGGUUUUGUUUCAUUGACAAUCGUGACAUUUUUUACUGUUCUUAACUUGGAAUUGUUUACUGUAAAUAGUUUGAAUGAAUAGCCAUUAUAAUGAUUAAUGGGUACGUUUCCAUAGCCAUAAACGUAUUAAUCUUAUUCAGGUUGAAUACUCAAAAAGUGCUUAUAUAAUGCCAGAAAUAGUAUUAAAUGGUAUAAUGUUAGGAAGGUUUGACUGAAAUAAGGAAGUGACAUUGUCCUAUCAUUGGCCAUAUUCUGUAUCACAAGCAAGCUUUUUGCUUCUCUUUAGUGUGGUAGAAUGUGAAACUAUAAGCACAGACUAUUAAUGCAGCUUAUCUUAAGACAGUAUUCAUGAUAAAGUAUAUUUACUAAGCAGACAAAAGUUAAUGCCGCAUAUUCAGAGCAAGUUCUUGGGUAACAGAAACCUAUUUUCUAUGGCUUAGUAUUUUGAAGUACUGUCAGUGGUGAUAAUCACCUUUUAUAAUGAUAACAUGUUUUUCAAAUGUGUGUCUAAAUUAUUAUCAGGGAAAAUAAGGAAAGGUUUUCUGUUAUAUAACAAUUCUAUAAUCUGCCAAUACCAUUACUAAAUAUAUUUACAUUUCCACAGCCGUUUUCGUAAUGUGACUAAAAUAAAUAUUUGUCUUACCUUUUAAUCAAUUAUAUUUUCAAAUGUAUUUCUGACCUUGAUAGAUCAUAGUAUUAUUAUUAAAUGUAAAAAUGUAUUUGUAAUUAUGUAAACAGUUCUGUAGAAAAACUGUUAUACUAUGUCGUCUAUAAACACAAAAGAUAACAACACACACAUACACUGUAUUAAAUUCAACUGGAUAAUGGUGUUUCUUUUUAAAGACUACCUUGACCAAAGUUUGAUAACACAGUAUGUUCGAAGUCUUUUUCUUAAUCGGCAUUUGGUGUUAAACUGUAAGAAUUUCCGUUUAUCUUGAUUCUUACCCAUAUCCAUCUAUAUGAAAGCAGUUUUUGUUUGGUAUUCUUUGUAAUUAGACAUACAUGUUUUACAAAGGAAGUAUUUUUUGUUUACUGGCCUGAUCAAGUGUAUGUAAAAGAGCAUAUACACCAUAAUCGAUAGACCAACAUUUGACAAAAACCACGUUCAGCCUUGUCUACAUAAAUUAUUGUGGACGCAAAAGUAUAUUAUUAGGCACUUUACUGGAGAAAGUAAGAAAGUUAUUGUUUCAUUACUCGAAAGUAGUUUGUGGUACAAAUACCACCGACCUGUGAAAACAUCCCUUGUCUCAUCAGUUGCUUGUGUACAUGAAUUAUUCUGACUUACAUUGUGUAUCUUGUUAAGCCAUCUGGAUAAGACUAUAUGUUUGAUUUGUGUUGUUUUGCGUUGUACUUUUUCAUUACAAUUGUGGUGUAGUAGGUUUGGUGGGUGCUCUUUUUUUGUUUUUUGUUCUUAUGUUUUCAGUAGUUCUGCAUAUUUUAAACAGAAUUUAAAAAAUAUAAAUAUUUAUUGUGCGUAAUAUUUGUUCAAUAAAAUGUUAUGAAUACUGAUGACAACCAGCCAAUAUAAAACAUAUUUUCUGUGAAGAGUUUAAUCUAUCAAUUAGUGUGUAUUUUGAUUAAUCUUUGGAUGAAAUAUGCAAAUUAUUAUAAUAUAAUUCUUAUGAACAUGCAUUGCAUAUGAUAAGGCAGCUGAUUUUCUGUCUUUCAAAAAAAGUUUAAGCUCAUCCAUUUAGGUAAAGCUGACCCAAAUGCAGUGUCUGAGAGAUUCUGGAAUUUUGCCGGAGAUGGUGCAAUACGGUUUGGCGGAACCCAUUUGAUUUAUUUCGGACAGUGCUACUUAGCAACAUUGCAGCUUCAGUGACUAAACUCCGACCAUAUAUUCUUUGUGGUCAUUAUCAUUAACACUUUUAGAGUUCAACAUGAAUAACAAUUCUUUACUCAGUUCUCUUAAGACUUUUCCCACACAGAAAAGCAAUAUAUAAAUAUUGAAAGAUAACAGCUGCAAGAAGACUGUUAUUGCAUUAUGUGUGGUGCAUCCAUGUAGCUGCACCCCGUUUAGAGUGGGCUCAAUGCUUAUUUUCACAUUAAUAAUACAUAAAUCUCAUUUUUAGACCGGCAACAAUAUAUACAAACAAUUUGUGUAACAUAGCCUCCAAAUAAUGUGUACGUAGACAUUAGCUUGUCACAUGGCAGCGUCCAUUAAUGUUAUACACUCCAAAGAAAACAUCUGAAACACACAGAGAGAAUA